AUGCCUUGCACCUAUAACUGUUUCGUACCCCGGCACGUUGUUGUAACCGCUCCCCAGGGCUUUGGGGAGGCACACACGGCCAAUCCCAAAGUGGUGUCGGACAUGACGUCCCUACACCAUAUUCACGAGGCCGGUAUCCUGUACAACCUGAGGGAGAGGUCCAAGCUCGAGAGUCAGCGACCAUACACCUUCAUGAAGGCCGUUGUCUUGUACCUUCAACGGCAUGCGUCGUCGGCCGUUCUGUCGCCACCCCGCCACCGCCGCUUCUGUCAGGGUACCAUUCUUAUCGCCGUGAACCCGCUGCGAAGAAUCCCCGACCCGGACGUGAGCGAGUACAUGAACCGCUCCCUCGAUCCAGAGGCCCCACAUCCCUACGCCAUCGCUGAGGUAACCUUUCGAUCCGUGCCGUGGUCGCUAGUGAUCUCGGCUUUCCCUGGUGCUCUGGCAUACCACCAGAUGCGGCUAGGAACGGGGCGGAAAGCGGCCAAUCAGUCCAUCGUAGUCUCGGGUGAGAGCGGCGCGGGAAAGACCGAGACCAGCAAGAUCAUCCUCACCUUCCUCACACAUCGGUCCGCGGGGGGAGUGGCAAGCCUGGAUCAGAAGGUGAUGGACUCCUCUCCGAUCCUGGAGUCGUUCGGCAACGCCAAGACUCUGCGGAACAACAACUCGUCGCGGUUCGGGAAGUUCCUGAAGCUGCAGUUCACCAAGGACAAGCACCUACUAGCGGGCGCGUUCAUCGAGACCUAUCUCCUGGAGAAGAGCCGCGUGCUCACGCCAGGGAUGGGCGAAAGGAACUUCCACGUCCUCUACCAGCUCGUGGCCGGCGCUUCGGGCUUGGCCUUAAAUCUGAAGCUGGAGGGCGUGGGCUCGUACAAGAUUCUCUCCCGUGGCGAUUGCACUGCAUUGGAUGGCGUGGACGACGCCAACGAGUUCAGAGGGGUCAGGGCCGCAUUUGACACGAUCGGAAUGAGCGAGGAGUCGCAGCUGCAGGUCUGGCAAAUGCUGGCAGCGAUGCUGCACCUGUCGAACUUGGAGUUCAACAAAGUUGACCACCAGCAGGGCGAGAUCGCCGAUAUCUCUGACAGCGAGACCCUGUCGACACUGGCAAGGCUGCUUGGGGUGGGAGAAGGGGCGCUCGGGAAGAUGCUAACGCAGCGGGUGAUAGUCACGCGGGGGGAGACCUUCAUCAUUCAGCUCGGCCUGGACGACGCGAACCUCGUCCGCGAUGCCAUCGUGAAAUCGCUCUACGAGGCAGCGCUGGUUUCGAUGUGCCGCUGA